AUGUCUACUGAGGCUUCUCCGCAGCAGGCAACUCAUCUUCAAUCCGUGUACUCUCAAGUUCCUCCCCACAUGACUACCGCUCAGGACCCCCAGGACCGUGGCUACGCCAACGCCGGUCAGCAGCAGCAGCAACAGCAGCAGCAGGACUCGGCCCCCGACUCGCCCGCGGUCCAGACCCCCGUCACCAAGGGCAAGAAUGGUGCGACUGGCCCGGCCGAGGGCAAGCCCAAGCCGCACGUUUGCCCCAUCUGCCAGCGUGGCUUCACGACUGGCGGACACCUGCAGCGUCACCAGCGGAUACAUACGGGCAUCAAGGCGUUCAAGUGCCCGUACCCGGGCUGUGAGACGCGUACCAGCCGUCAGGACAACUUGCAGCAGCACUACCGCACCCACCUUUCCCCCACUCUCCGUCGUGGCUCGGGAACCGCCGCCCGCCAGGCCGUCGCCGCGGCGAUGAUGGCUGCCGGUCUCAAGUCGUCGACCAGCAGGCAGCCCCGCAAGUCGAAGAACUCGCAGGUUGGCACCCCUGGCUCGUCUUCUGGCGCCUCUGUCACCCACGGCCAGUCGCCCUACCAGACCCCCACCCAGGCGACCGCUCCCUACGGUGGCUACAUGUACGACGCGACUGGCCAGCACGGCGGCUACCCUCCCUACGGCGGCAUCCCUCCUCCCGGCGUCUCCAUGGCCAACGCUCAGUCGGCCCAGUCGUCUCGCGUCGCCUCGCCCGUCAACGGUCACUCGUCGGCGAGCUCUGUCCCGUCUGCUCACCACCAGCAGUACUUUGGCCAGCCGUUUGCCCAGCCCGGCGGCUACGCGUACCCGCAGUACAGCCAGUCGCAGGGUGGUUACCGCUACGGCGCCCCGAACGCGAUGCCUCCUUACGGAGCGCCCCCCUCUCAGCACUCCAUGUACUCUGGUGCGAUGGCCCAGGACCACCACCAGCAGCACAUGUACUCACCAGUAUCGGCAGGUGGUUUCAGCGCUCCCCACAGCGCUCGCGACUCGUACGGUUCGGCCAUGGCUCAGGGCGGCUACGCGUCGCAGCAGGUCAUGAGCAACGGAUACCCGGCUCGUCAGCAGACCUCGACCCCGCUCUCGGCGGGUGCUCACGAAGACAUCGAUCCUCGUUACCGCAGUACUGGAGCUCCUCGUGCGCUUUCUCCCCGCCGCAGUAGCCUGACUCAACAGGGUGAUCUCCUCGCUGCCAGCUCGGCCAACGGCGCCUCGUCCUCCACUGCGCAGGCGAGUGCUGGCACCUCGACCGCGCGCGGCACCCAGCAGUUGCAAGCUUCGGCUCAGUCGUACUCGUACGCCCCCAGUGCGCACCUGUACGGUAGUGCCCAGCACAGCAACGGCAUGGCGCAGCCUAGUCGCGAUGGUCCUUCUCCGAUGUCGUACAGCGCACGCCCCAGCGUUGCCAGUUUGACUGAGGCUAAUGGGUCGUCGAAGGGUGAGUACCGAUAA